AUGGACCGCUUUGCUUCUAUGCCCAUCCCUGCCACUAGUACAUCCUCUGAAGCCAGUGACCACCUGAUCUCGAGAGAGGCUGAGAGCGACAGUUACACUUUUCGUACUAUUUCCACGCACAUAGAAGAGGAGUCAGUACCAGUGGAUGUAGAAGUUUCUUCCACGAGCAGAACUUUUUGCAUUAUUGCCUAG